AUGAGUACAGAGACACAAACGCGUCAAAAGACUACCACUGGCAUCCGGAAAAAGCCGUUCGCUGUGCCUCCGGUCAAGGUAGCAUGUCUAUCAUGUCGCUCCUCACGUAUUCGCUGUGAUGGGAAAGAGCCAUGUUCGGGCUGCAAUCAUCGAGGCAAAGAAUGUGUAUAUGUUCAGAGUCGGCGAGGCGGUGCCCGAGUGGCGCGUAGUAAGAAGCAGGAACAUGAGAAAGCUGAUUUCGUAAAGAUUGCACAAGAGUGUUUCGAUGAAUCAGUACCGACGAUGAUCAAGCCCGGUGCUGGAUUAACACAAUUGGAUCUGAAUCUUGAUAAUACGGAUACUUUGUUUGACAGCAUAUUCACGGCAGCGCCGAUACCUCAGACCAUUGAACUGGAUAAUGCCAUACCACGACGAACUGGCUCGGUGCGGAGGUAUCAAACAGAUAGCGACAUACUGGAUGCUUAUUAUAUUUGGAUGCAUCCAUAUUUUCCAAUUCUUCCACCAUCAAAAACUUCUCAACCUCAGGACAAUCCGCAACUCUGGUUCCCAGGAUCUUCAGAAUCGGUAUUUGCAUCUCUUUCGCCAGCUGCCCUUGCUAUCUCGGCGAUCCUGGCUCUAAUCCCACAUCCGGAAGAAUAUGCACCUUUUGAGGAAGAAAGCAUCAAAGCACGCAGAGAAGCCGCUCAUUCGUUUGCCAAACGCACAUUAGAGAGCAUAGAAAGCGACUCUGAGAUACCCAAUUCCUCAAUCUCACCAGCACAAGCACUUUUGGAUGAAAAAGUGUAUUACUCACGGCCUGCUUUCCAUCCAAGAGUGCCGAUUGAGGCGGAAAGUGUGAUUGCGUUGAGUAUACUGAGUGUGUAUGAAUAUGCUCAGCGUGGCAAUAUCACGAAGAUGAGGGAUCGAGCUGGUCAGGCGAUGAUGAUGGCAAUGAAUCUUUCACUGCAUGAUCGUGGCACUGAGCUUGAUGCUUUUGCCGAAGCAAGGAGUAGGAUUUGGUGGAUGAGCUAUAUCUGUGCUUGCCAGGCUUCAAUCGUCAGCUCUGCGCCACCGGCAAUACCGCUGUUUGACCCUCGCUUCACCACCACUUUCCCGCAGUCGCCAGAUCCAGAAGCAUGGCCUUUCUUUAUCAAAUCACAGCAGACCAUCCUUCUCGCAACACAAUUUGUUUCCGCAGUGGGUCGUGCUGUAGAUGGUCGAGAAGACUGGACAGAGAUCUCCACCCGCAUGCAAGAACUGCACAACACGAUUGAACCUUUGAUUGCUCAAUCGCAUAAUUGGACAGAUGUCAAACCGGAUAUCCAUAACCCGGAAGCUAUCGUUGCAUACUCGUUAAAGCAAAUGUCCAAGAUCAAAUUAAACAGCGCAAGAAUAAAAUUGCACCGCCAGAGCGCCUUCUUCGACAUCCCUGUUUUCUCUGAAAAGCACUGCGACCUCAAAAAAUCCGAACCCUUGCCACCUCCUGCCACCACCACUUCCGACCCACUCGACCAAAUCCCCCUAACCUCAUCUCCAAACUCGUGCGGUUGCUCUUCCACCUCUCUACCUACACAAGUCCCUGGCCUCACCAACUCGGUCUCACCUCCCAACUCCACUUCCUCGGCCUCAAGUGCAGAAUACAUGCACCCCUUCCCCUUCAGCAACCACUUCUCCUCGCGACUAUGUUUGAACUCCGCCCUGGCUAUUGCUUCCGCCUUUGAAACCAUGCCAUUGCCAGCGUCCUCGUCGCCACUUGCUCCUCGCACAAUGCCCAGUUUUGCUUGUUGUGCCAUGCAAUCCGCAUACGCGUUGUUAAUGGUCUAUCACCGUACUUGGGUGCUUGCACAGCAGAACACAGAUGCAGAGGCACAGAGUAAAGCAGCACAACUAUUGGGAAGGUGUGAAGAAGGACUCAGAAGAGUUUUACAAGCGUUGGAUAACUAUGCUAUCGCGUUUGAGGCGUUAGGUGGGAUGAGGGAUCAGAUUCAAGCUGCCGUCGAUUGUUUGAGUUUGGCUGAUUAG